AUGGCGAAUCAAGAAGAUAUGUCUGACUCAAAUGCUGGUCAAACACAAACCAGUACGAACUUAAGCGGUCCAUCUGCGGUUCCACCGGGAGGUGCUGCAGCAGGAAGUAUGACAGGUCCAAAUGCAAAUUCGAAUACAGUACCAGGACAAGGCUCAGGAACAGGCUCAGGAACAGCAUCCAAUGGUAGUAGUGGUAGUAGUGGUUCAUCUCAUCCACCAUUACAAAGUACAGUCUUCAUUCACAAACUCUAUAAUAUACUAGAGGAUGAUGAUUUGAAAGAUCUCAUCUGGUGGUCUCCGAGUGGUCUUUCAUUUUUGAUUAGACCUAUUGAAAAAUUUAGCAGGGCGCUGGCCACUUACUUCAAACAUACUAAUAUUGCUAGUUUUGUUAGGCAACUAAACAUGUAUGGCUUCCAUAAAGUUUCUAAUGAUCAUGGCAAGAGUUCCGAACAUGACAGCGCUAGUAAUAGUCGCACUAAUAAUAGUAAUAGUAGUGAUAAUAACAAUAAUAGUAAUGCAGAUGUUCAAGAAGAUAUCAAGAUUUGGAAAUUUAGGCACAGUACGGGCCUUUUUAAACGCGGUGACAUAGAAGGACUAAAAUACAUCAAAAGGCGAUCGUCAAGAAACAUUUCACAUUCUAGCGUUCGGAAAAAUUCGAAUUCUAACGGCCAUACAAAUAACUCGAGUGCUGGUACCAAUACCAAUAGUGGUAGUACUAAUGAUACAAACAGUACCAGUGGCUCAAUUACAAGUAUGUUUGGUAAUGUCCAAUUUCAUGACGAAGAACAAGAGCAGCUUCGGCAACCUCAAUCACAACACAUACCGCAUUCACAACAACAUCAACAACCAACCAACGAGCAUCUGCCGCACCAGCAUCAAUUGCAUCUACAACAACAACAACAACAACAGCAACAACAACAACAGCAACAACAACAACAUCAACGUGGUAUAUUAUCAGAAACAGAACCAGGAUUUUUCACCUCACAGACGCCACAGAUGCAUCCAUCUUUGACGUAUACAUCUUUUCCAAACCACCCAACUGCACAACCUGCACCUAAUAAUUCAGAUCCAUUUUUGGAGUCUAGGUAUGCGGAACUCUCACAAAGUUACAAUGUUCUCAGAUACGAAUACAAUUCUCUUCAGUAUCGACACGAUGAAGCUUUAGGUUAUUUGAAGGGUGUUAACAUGGAUAUGGUUCAUGUUUUAGAACUGUUAGAAUCACUAGUGACUAUCCAAACUAGUUCAGAACCAUCUCCUCAAGAAUUCUCAGGCCUUGAACAAGAAUUACUUCGUUUUAAGGCUCUAUUAAUGAGCCGCGUGCAUCGAAAUUCCGAUGCUCAAGUUCAACAACCAUCACAAAGAAGUUUUGGUGAGAAUCGUCCACUUUCAAGUAUUUCAGUACCCACAUCUCAUUCAAAUGUACCAAGUUUAGUACAGCAUGUAUUUGCUGUUCCUGCAAGACCUUCAUCUGCUGUGAAUGUUGUACAACCAGCAUCGACAACUGGAUCGGCUUCGUCAGCGCCAGUACCAGCACCAACACCAGCACCACCUCCUCCACCACCUCAAGCAACAGAUCAUUUUAGCGGUCCUAGAAUGAUGAUGAUGAAUCCAUUUGAAUCAACAGGUAAUGGAUCUAAAAGAAAUAUGAGUAUUUUAAUGGAUCCACUGGCUCCAGCGCCAAAUUUAAUGCUAGGUAUGUCGCCUUCUCACCCUCAGCCCUUUAUGAAUUCAUCACCAGUAACUGCAUCUGCAGCUGGUUAUAGAGCUCCAAGACAAACAGACCGUAGCUCUAAAAUUUCCCUUGUAGCGUCCAAAAACUCUCAUUCAAGUAACAAUAGUGAUUCUAGUAGUGGGAGUGGUUCUUUGAGUCAUCAACAUGUUGCUUCAGGAGGAACCCCAGCGGGACAAGGCGUGGGUGCGAGCGCAGGCGCGGCGCCUAUUAAAGAAGAACAACAAACGAUGACUAUGGUGGAACCGCCAAGACCACCAUCGGCUAAGGAACAAGGAGAUAUCGUACGUCCAAUCCCAACUCGAUCAUUAGGCUCGUCGGAGAACACUCGUGGAAGUAGCGGUGUUUACUCUUUAUUAAAUGAUGAAAGACCAGCUUCACCUUUGGAUGGCGAAAUGACACCUACAAAGAAGGUAAAGUUGUAG